GGAAUCACUGGAUGCACGUUCUAGUAAGAAUUUGGGUCAGCAUGGGUGUAUUCACGUUCCACCACACAAUGUGGGCAUGUAUUUUGCACUGUUUCGUGGUUACACUGGGUAGCACAAUUUCCGCUACAACAGCUACGGCCUCUGGAUUAUCUCUGAGAGAUUUUGACAAGGUGGAUAAAUUUGUCCCGGAAUCGAUAUCAGGAAAACAAAGGAUGACAAUACCGCAUUUUUUACAAAAGUUUAACGGAGAUUAUUCACUGAGUUCUGCUUUGAGAUUGCCGUUAAAGCACAGGAUAAUUUCACAGAAGUCAAACGCUUCGAAAACACAGUUGCAUCAUCCUUCAGGUAAGAAUUCAUUGCCUUUCUACAAGGUGAAGCAAGAAGUUAACGGCAGGUUACAAAAUGGGUAUGACAAUAAGCAAAUGCAAGACCUUGGACACCAAAGAGGGAGGAAUGGCAAUAAUAAUACCAGUAACACCCACAAAGCACUUGAAAUGGUAGGACCACCUCUUACCCUCAAUGCUCAAUUGAAAGGGCGCAAUACACCUCACAAUGGUAGGAUGGGGGAGUUGUUUCACUCAUCAAAAGGUCCUGUUAUACCAACCGCAAGGGUUGUGGGAAGAAAACCAAAGAAAGACAGUCCUCUCACGAAUUACAGCAACAAAAGAUUGCCUCUCACAAAGCAAUUGAAGGACGCAUCAGCUCUAAGAGAGAAGACACCUUUAGACGAAGAAAUAAUCGUGAUGGGAGCGCCAUUAAUAUUCUCUAGAGGAAAUAAAAAUGUUCUCACCAUCUCAAAACAUACGGAAGGAAAUGCAAGUAACAUUUUUCGGAAUAGAACUACUUCCUUUCAUCAGAAAGCUUAUACCCCUCAGAAAAUUCAAAGAGUGAAUAAGACAAAAACUUCUCUGAAUCAGUUGGCUUUGCAUACCAAUACGACACUUAGAAAUGACAAGGAGAGUAGUUUAGCAAUGAGUCCUAAAAACAUCCAAAAUCACACCCCUUCUGCAGGGAGUUUCCACAAACAAGAAAAUAAUAAAAUGGAAAAUCUCUUGAGACACAACCGAAAUAAAACUUCAAAUCAAAGCGGAAGUCAUAAAGAAACAUUUGGAAAUAGAACAGUAGCAAUCGCAGGUAAUUUUCUUCCUAAUAACGUAAGUUUAAAGCAUCUUGACUCGGCUUACUUUGACAAACAAACAUUUUCUAAAAGUGGGAAUCAACUCCAGAGCAUAGAACAGAAACAAACAGACUUUAACUAUGAGACUGAACAGGGCUCUAAUGCUAUUAUUAAAGAAGAAAGCCUUGGUAAUAAUGCUUCUGGUCACCAAGAAUACAACGCAAAAGAAAAUCACGGCAGUGAAGAAACCGACUCCAUAUCCACAGAUAAGGUUGAUUACGGACAAGAAAACCUUCCACCUUUUCCUGAAGAAAAUCCUGAAGAAAAAGACGUCGAAGAUUUGCAAAUUGCCAACGAUGAUAGUAGUAACGUAAGCAACGACCGUGAGGAAGGAGAAGCGGAUGGUCAGUUUCAAGGUAAAGCGAUAACCCCAGCUUCAAACCAGAGGUACAUGCCAGUUGAUGACUUUGGAUCACCUUUUUAUGGAAACGAGACAGACGAGUACUUUCAGCGAGACGCCCUUGCCGCUCACAACAGGUAUCGAGCCUUACACAAUGCUCCUCCUCUGCAACUAAGCCAAGAGCUGUCCGCGGAGGCUGAAAAGUUUGCCAAAAAACUAGCUAGAAUGGGUGUUGCGCACCAUGAACUAAACCGUAACCUUCGGAAGGAGGGUGAAGGUGAUAAUGUGGCAAGAGGAUGCAGCGAGUGGGGAGGAUUGACAUCUGCUGGAGCUGUCCAUAGAUGGUAUAGCCAAGUCUGUUAUUUUAACUGGAGCAAGAGCGCCAUUCAACCCGAAGCCAAGAAUUUCAUGCAGUUAAUAUGGAAAGGAACCAGUCACAUGGGAAUAGGAAGAGCAUUUGGCAAACGCCGUAGCCUACCCUGCACUUUCAUCGUAGCACGCUACAGACCUGGUGUGAUGAAUGCAUUCGAAAUGGACAGUAAUGUAGAUAAGGGUUCAUUCCUGUCUUCAUAUUGUAAUGCGGAUAAGGACGAAGGCUUAAUGUCAACAGGAUAUCCAAGUACAUUUUUCCAGGAGGGAGCUGCUAAACAAGAUAACCAACCAUUUCCUGAAGCUCAAUCUCUUGGUAGUUUCCAAUACACCGCAGAUCCUCCAAGUAGCGUAUCGUUCGUCCCUCUGGGUCCAUGGGAAAAAACUAUGGAUACACAAGAUGUGCGAGACUUAUCGCGGGUACAAGCCAACACCAAGACACUUUACAGUUUGUCACCUCGUGUAAAUUUACCAGAAGCUACCCUUGAUGACGAUAUGGACAAUGAGGAUGAUGUCUCGAUCACGGGAGAUGAUGAUGACUGGAGGAGGACAUAUAAGUCACCCACGGAUAAUGAUGACAUAGUCAUUGAUGCAAAGAAGUCUACAAUAAAGAAGACAGAAAAAACCUCUCGAAGAAAGGAAUGAACAUUAAAGGCAAAGACAGUUUAAUAUACACUUAAUGUAUGGUCCCAAGGGAAACAGUUUUUGUUUCGAGGGAAAACAAAACUAACUAGUUUCCCGCGGGACCAUACAUUAAGUGCUUUGUUAUAUAUUUAGACUUUCCCUCAAACAAUCAUAUGGAAAAAACAAACAAACAAAAACCGCACAACUUCUUUACUAACAAUCGUCAAUCCUGCUGAAUGAAUAAGUCUUAACUUAACUUCAAAUGUUUCGAAGUAUAUGGAAAAGUAAAACAUGCUUUUUAUAACCUCAAUAAGGAAUACAAAAUCAUUUGGAAUUGUAACAAUUGAAGGUAACAUUUGCUCCAGAAUAAACUUUAAUAUUAUUUUAUUCGGCGCGCGGGCAACAACUGCGCAAUUGUAUCCCGGUCGGGAUCCAUUUGAAUUUGAUCAGUAGCACGUGACCAAGAAUCAACCAAUCACCGUGCUCGUUUUGUUGGGGAAAGUCUAGGUAUAUAACAACAACAAUUAUGACCGUACUGGAGCCCUUAUGAUCACGUGGUUAGCUAGGCGUCAAAACAUUCUAAAUGUUCACAAGUGAUCUCUUAAAUCAUCACUAAGAUUUUAUUCUUUUGCCAGGCAUAAUAUUCAAGGAGCAAACUUUCGUCAUGGGCCAAAUUUGAUUCCAAACCUAUACGACAGAAACUUUCAACUCCCUCAAAGGAAUCCUAUCAAAACCUUUAUAUUACUUACCUCUGAGGUUAUAGCGGCAGG